AUGGCGAGACUAAUCUCGUUGUCUGAUGAGAUCUACUCGCGCAUCUUUCGUCAUGUCGUAAACGACACGGAGCCACCCAACAGUCCUGGAGAGUUACUUCUAGCUUCCGUAGCCCGCCGAUGGAGGGAUCUGGCGCUCAGGACGGCCGAGUUUUGGACAACUGUGCGCAUUACCCAUGAUCGUGACCUACCUCCGAGCAUCUCCACUCGACUGUCUCGGACGGAUGGCCUCCCACUCGAUAUCUACAUCCGACUGGAGCAAUAUCGGUACCGCGUCUGCACAGAGUACACUGAAGGUGUGGACCUUCUUAUCCACCACAUUGGACGUUGGCGGUCGCUGCACGUACAAGCCACCAACCCUGUCCUCCACAUGAUCCGUCUCCGCAUCCAGAAUCUGCGGAUGCCAGUUCUGGAACGGCUUGCUUUCAUCCAAACCAGCACGGGACCGAUGCAGCACAUCGGCCCACUUGCUCUCAAUCCAGCGGUCUUCCGUGCUCUUCAUCUCGAACGCGCGAUGAUCUUCCCGUCUGACGCAUCUCUCCUGGGGGGGUUGACCACCAUCGAACUAGUCCAGUCCUCGCUCGCGAUGCUCGAUGAACAGAAACUUCUUUCGGUGGAGUAUCCCACCCAAGACUCUCGCCUCCCGAGUAUGAUCAAUCUCGAACGACUGUCGGUAGACGGAAGCAAUCCGACGAGAGAAGGACUGCCGUUUAGUCCAGCCUUCUCGCCUGCUCAUCUAACCUUCGUUCGCGUCGCGCGACUGCAUGCUCCGUCGAUGGAUCGAGUCCAAGCGCUGUCUCGAUUUUUCGGGACUGCGUUCUCCUCGCCUGUUUUACGUGUCCUGGAGGUGGAAGAGAUCACCGGUUUCGCGUGGACGAUGCUGCUAUCGGUUAUCAGCGCUGUCGGCUUCCCUGCGAUGGAGAAAGUCGUUCUCAAGGCGGUGGACGGGAGCGGAGUAGAUGUGAACUUUCUGGCUUCCUUUGAGGACGGUCUGGAGACACUUGUGCUGGCAGAUCUCAGGAAUGACCAUGCGGAGAGAAUCUCUGAGCUAGCAUCGCAUGUCCACGGCAUACAACACGUUCAAAUCGCGCACGGUUCAACGGUGCAACCAGAGUAG